AUGCAUCUCAACACUUGUUUCGCGCUUCUGUUAAUGGGUCUGGCAUUUGCUCAGGCCCUACCAGCCCAGAAGACCGAAAAGGCUCUGGAAGAGGAGAACCUGAUUCUCGAAGAAACUGUCGACGACAAGGCAAGGUCUAAAAAGGCAGCAAUCUGGAUGCAACAACCCCAGGUUGAGAGCAUCAACUACGUUCCUCAGGCUCAAACUGUCAGCCUGCUACCACAAGCUCAGACAGUCAGCAUCCAGUCAGCUGCACCAGCUGUUCAAGCACUGAAUAUCCAACCUACUGCCCAGACUCUCGGUCUUACAGCGGCUGCGCCUGUAGUCCAGAGCUACAGCGUUGAAAGUGCUCCAGCAGCUGUCCAGACAUUCAACCUUCCGGCUGCUGCACCUACUGUCCAAUCUUUCAGCAUUGAAAGUGCUCCAGCAACUGUCCAAAGCUUCAGCCUUCCAGCGUCUGCACCUGCAGUCCAGAGCUACAGCAUUGAAAGUGCUCCAGCAGCUGCCCAGACAUUCAACCUUCCGGCUGCUGCACCUACUGUCCAAUCUUUCAGCAUUGAAAGUGCUCCAGCAACUGUCCAAAGCUACAGCCUUCCAGCGGCUGCACCUGUUGUCCAGAGCUACAGCAUUGAGAGUGCUGCUGCACCAAUGCAGACAGUCAGCGUUCAACGUUUCGCACCUGUAGUCCAAAGCUACAGCAUUGAAAGUGCUCCAGCUGCUGUACAGACACUCAACCCUCCAGUUGCUGCGCCUACGGUCCAGAGCUACAGCAUCGACAGUGCUCCAGCAGUUGCCCAGUCUUUCGCCCUUCCAGCGGCUGCACCUGCUGUCCAAUCUUUCAGCAUCGAAAGUGCUCCAGCAGUUGCCCAAUCUUUCGCCCUUUCAUCGGCUGUACCUAUGGUCCAGAGCUACAGCAUUGAGAGUGCUCCAGCAGUUCCCCAGUCUUUCGCCCUUCCAGCGGCUGCACCUGCUGUUCAAUCUUUCAGCAUCGAAAGUGCUUCAGCAGUUGCCCAAUCUUUCGCCCUUCCAGCUGCUGCACCUAUGGUCCAGAGCUACAGCAUUGAGAGUGCUCCAGUAGUUGCCCAGUCUUUCGCCCUUCCAGCAGUCGCACCUGUAGCCGAGCGCUAUAGCUUCCAAAGUUUCCCUCGGGUUGUUCAGUCCAUGGACAUGGCUCAGCCUUUGACAUCGUACCGCAUAGUGCCUCAAUCUAGGAUAACCUACGUGUAA